AUGGCUCCUCUAAUUGUACAUGGCUUUGCCCAAAUAUGGAGUGGGAAUAUUAGGAUGUCUAAGACGAAAGAAGCAUACAUUCGAACAGUGGAAGAGAAGAAGAAAGUUAUUCUGGUGGUCUCUUUUAACACUGGAGAAUAUACAACUUUUCAGCUAGUUAAUAUUAAAAAUGUGGUCUUUAGAUCCUAUGGAGAAAACGAAAAUCAGCUGAAUUUAAUUUUCCAAAAUGAUGACUUCUUAUUUAUUGAAAAAUUAUCCUUGAGAGAUGGUAAAGAGUUGAAGAUGUUCCUGGAGAGUUUCCGUAAAAAUAAUCAACUACCCAUGAGACCUGAUAGGGUUGGGGGUGUCUUUGCUAGCAGGACAAUACAGAAGGAAAUUAACAAAACUUCAUUUCACAAAGUGUGUAAGAAGUCAAGUAGUGGAUCUUAUGAGACAGGAGAAGGAACUGGAAUACCUGACCUCCAGAAGAUGCCUUUGUUUACAUCAAAAUUACCAACACGUACCUGCGAAGAGUUAUUAGAAAAUCGAUGUGAGAAAGGGAAAAGGAAACUAUCGUCUGCUUCAGAGACGAAUGAGGACAUCCCAAAACAGAGUAACUCCAUCAGAAACAAGAAAUCCAAGACAAGUCUCUUGAGGUAUGUAAGCCACAAUGAGAAGAAAAAAUUGAGGUUAAAAGAGUCGCGAGAGAAUAAGAAAUGUGGAUUUUCACUCAAGAGCAAUUUCACUGGAAACCCCUACAUAGAUGGCACUAGUCUUCCCCGAAUUCUGUAUCAGAAAAUGUAUUUGGCAUUUCUUUUGGAACCAAAGUAUAGUGAGGAUGAGCCAGAGUGGCAGAAACUCAAGAUGAGCUUCGAAAUUUACCCAAAAAAAGUAUGGGAAGGCCUUCCCAAUUUGGGAAACACCUGUUACAUGAAUGCAGUUUUACAGUCCCUAUUUUCGAUUCCAUCAUUUGCUGAUGAUUUGCUCAAUCAGGGUUUCCCAUGGAGUAAAAUUCCCCUUGAUGUUCUUAGCAUGUGCUUGGCACAGCUGCUUGUUUUGAAAGAUAUUUAUAACAUAAAAAUCAAGGAGAAGUUACUUAUGAGUAUUAAAAAGAUCAUUUCGGCAGUUGCAAAGAUAUUCUCUGGCAACAUACAGAAUGAUGCUCAUGAGUUUUUAGGUCACUGUUUAGAUCAGAUGAAAGAGAACAUAGGAAGAAUAAACACUAUUUGGAAGGCUAGAAUUGAAUCUGAGGAAGAAAACUCACCUCAACAGGUUUUUGCUAGCAGUGCUGCCACCGAAGUGCUCGUUUGUCCUGUCGUCACGAAUUUUGAGUUCGAGUUGCUGCGCUCUAUUAUUUGUAAAGCCUGUGGUAGAGUUGUUCUCAGGACAGAAGUGAAUAAUUAUCUCUCUGUCAACCUUCCCCAGGGACCAAAAGCAGUUCCUUCAUCUAUUCAAUCUACUUUUGAUCUUUUCUUUGGAGUGGAAGAGCUUGAGUAUAAAUGUGAGAAGUGUGAGCACAGGAGAUCUGUUGCAGUGCACAAAUUCAGUAGGCUACCCAGGGUCCUUAUUAUUCAUCUGAAACGCUAUAGCUUUAAUGAGUUUUGCUCAUUAAGGAAGGAUGACAAGGAAAUCAUUAUUUCCAAAUAUUUGAAAUUGUCUUCUCAUUGCAAUGAAAGUACCAAACCACCUCUUCCCUUGAACAAGAAUGCACAUAUUAGGGAUCUCCAAAUCUUAAAAAUCUUUCAAAAGAUACAUUCUGAAGCCAUCAGUUCAUUGACAGCUUCAACGAAGUUGACCUUGGAAUCCAAGUCUUCCCUGACUCCACAUGCUGGAUCAGGCAAAGAGUCUGAAUCACAAAAAUACCAAAUUCUCAAUAAAGGAACAAGCAGAGAACAGCAGCAAAAAGACCUGGGAAAAUAUUCUAAACUGAAUAUAAUAGAGUCCAAAUUGUUAAACUCGGGGCAUGGAACAAUCAUUGAAAAAGAGCUGUUAGCAGCUAGCUUAAUGAUGGGUCUGGAAGACACCUCCUUUUCUCUGACCCAUGAAGGGGAAGGUAAAUCUCACAGUGGUCCAGAUACACGUGUUCAUCCUCAGGAAGUGCUUGAACAUCUUAAACUAAAGAAAUAUGAGAAAACCCGUAUGUUUGUAGAUUUUGAGAGUGCCACCGAGACUACUAAAGAUUUUUCUGAAGAUAAAAAAGCCAGAAUUCCAGAAGGAUACCCAAAAGUGGCUAAACAGAUCCAGCAGUGUAAAAGGAUGAGAAUCUAUGAACAAGCCCUUCGGCAGGCACUGCUUGAAAGCCUUCCAGAGCCAGAUGCCCAGUGGCACACGGAGAAGCUUAGAAGACCUACAGAAGUAACUCUCCAGGAGGCCAAUGUGAGUUCCCUAGGUGCAUUGGGUUCCAAUAAAAACCCUGGAAACAAAGACGUUUUAGAUAAGGAGAAGACAGAAACCAAAGCCAAGAAACCAAAAAGAAAUGCCGAGAUCAGAGACAGACAUGCCUAUCAACUCAUUGGUGUGGUCAGCCAUCUCGGGCAGACCCCAGAUUCAGGCCAUUAUAUCAGCGAUGCCUAUGACUUUGAGAGACAAGUCUGGUUCACUUACAAUGAUCUGCAGGUAUCAAGUAUCCAAGAGGCUCUGAUGCAGGAGGCUAGGCUUUGCACAGGGUACAUCUUCUUUUACAUGCACAAUGAGAUCUUUGAAGAGCUGUUGGGAAGGGAAGAGAAGUUCCGGUCUAGUAACGCAAAGGCAGGGGAGACCCCUCAGGGGGAAUAAGAAGAACAGACUCCUGGCUGCACAGAUCUGCUUGACUGCCUCACUGGCUACCACUUCCUCCAUGGAAGGAUAACUUCCAUCUAGCCAAUGAUGAAGAGGCAGUUAGCAUCCGGGGGCAAAGUUCAAGCAGAAACACUUAUGGAGAAAUCUCCAUUCUAACC